AUGAGCCGGGAUGACUACACUCCACGGGGCCUAUCCGACCCGGAGUCCCAUCUUGAUCUUGCCGGCCAACGUCAGCGACCUCAGGUUGAUACAGGCACUGGGUCGGAGGCAGUUGUACCGUCACCAAACCAUCAAGGUCGACACGUUACUCUCAAUGCCAUUGUCGAGGUCGAUAUGCUGCGGCGCAAACUUCGUGCCCUCGAAAAUCUUGUCGAACGUUACGUCUGUGGCGAAUAUAUCGAGUCAUAUCUAAUUCUCACUUUUGUAGGCAUUUCAUCACACAUCCCCUCUCUUUCUGAAGCUGAAGAAGCGCGGGCUCUCCAGUACCGUUGUGAAUGCCUCGAAGCUGCAUGUAAGCAACAGAACAUGGACGUUGCCCGCGCUCUAAAAGGCUCAUCUCCAUUUCCACCACCUCAAGAAUAUACAUCAUGGCUCGAUCAUCAUCUUGCGCAUCAUGAUCGAGUAACACACUCUUUCCCCUCAGCGGCUUCUACUUCUAUUACCAACUUCUCGAGGGCACCGUUUAAGUGUUGGCAUGAACAAUGCAUCCACUAUGUCUAUGGAUUCUCGACGCAUCUAGAACGUGACAAUCACCUUCGACUGCACUUAACGAAGAAUGCAAGUGAAUCUGGAUCAUUUGUGCCAGCCCAGAGCUCUUCGAAUAUUUCCGAAAUACCAGAGACGGGCGGCGGUGCUCUGCCUCGGGACCGGUUGCCGCCUAUUCAACCUCCAACCACACUCGUAACGACUAACCUCCCUCCUCUGCCAUUCCCGACACCCUCAACCGCCUCCACAGCGACGACAAGAAGGGACCACAGCUCAAGCUUCUCCUUCUCAGACCCCAAAACUGCGCUGUCAAGAAGCGGCGAGGAAACCACAUCUGACCCACAGCUGCCUCCUCUUAAAAGAGCUCGCGUCGGACAUGAUCGUCUGAAGUCAAUAGGAGAGCUGAAGCUGCUCCACAACAAUGACCCGUGUCUUCGAUGUCGAGCUUCGAACAGACCGUGCGACGCAAAUAACCCCUGUUCCCGAUGUUCGGGGAUGCCGUCAUCCGAGUCCGAGGCACAUUGGAGUAUCUUAGGAUGUUAUCGUGGAUCAGUGACUUCUCUUGUUGAUGUUUUGCUUCAAGGAUCGUUCGCCUGGUCACAACCUCAAACACCGCUAACACCCUCUUAUCCUCGGCGAGGGAGCAUCAACGACCAAAUACUCGCUCAGAACCCCACUUUGUCGGCCGUAAAAAGACCUGCCUGGAGGCUUGAUUUUCAGGAUACUUUUUGGUGGCAGGAUGGAGAGCCUGGCCUUGACGAGCGUAUUAACCAGCCUCUAGGUCCUGGGUACCACGAUCAAGGGACACCGCCACCUGUCCUGCAGCUCAUUGCUUCUAGCCCAAGUUUCCGGGGUGCUGCCUUUGAUCUUCUGGAGCUGUUGAGUGCCAGCGGUCAACUUUCGAUGUCCCGGGAAGAGGAACAGACGACACAUCCCUCGCUUUUUCGCGUGAAGCAACUCUUGCGCGAAAUCAUAUUUUACGAUACCUCUCAGCCAAGUCAGUUACUACGGAGCGAGGGCACCUAUCUUCCGCGCACGCCUGUCGAUCGUCGCCCGUCUACCGAGCGCAAUGUUUCCUUGAGGGAGUGCACACGACGGUACUUGAUCUCUUUGGAUUUCGCAACUUCUAUUUUACCUACUAUGGGCCUAAGGCAAUGGCUAGGGGUUUUCAUUUCGAUCUGCAUCUUUAGUGCUGUUAACACCAUAUUGGUUGACAUUGCCUUGUCGUUUCAGGGAAGCGAUCCAUCGCAGGCCAGCACAACACCCACGGAACGACCUGACCAAGUCAUUCGAAGUGUCUACCAAGCUUUGGUCUCUCUAUUCGCCGCUUCAAAUGAUCCUUUAUCUAAUGUGUCUGAGCUCGAAGACCCCAUUGCCCGUAACGUUGCAAGAAUCAUCCGUCGGGAUCAGUGGCCACCACGGCAUUUAUUCUCGAGCUUUGAUUUUCUCAUGAAUCUCGGUAUGGGGGAAAUCCCUAAUUCUGGUUUCAACGGCUUUGUUUUACCCAGAAGGCAAUCGUUAGAUUUAAGGGGCUCAAGGGGUUUCCCCACAGCACAACUAGAGAGUACGACAAGACAGCAUUACCUGAAGUCUACGCCAUCCCUUAGUUCAGCAGGUCCAUCGUCACAAUACAUACCUUCUGGAUCGCGGUCGGAUUUUCCUUUACUUGGCCAGUUCUCAGUGCCAGGUGAUGUUGGAGGACGCACCCGCAGACAUACGAUAGGUGACGAUGUGUCACCACGCCUAGAAUCCCGGCGACUUUCGGGUGAACCAAUCUCCCCGUCAAGGCUAAAACCACCUUCUCGCCGAACUUCUUUGCGCCGCGUGUACUGCGACAAGUGUAAUGAGCAUCCAGAUGGCUUCCGUGGUGACCACGAGUUACGCCGCCAUAUAGAUGCCAAACAUUCGGCCACGGUCAAGCGAUGGGUUUGCAAAGAACCCAAGAACCAAAUGCCUUCUGCCCCUCAACCAGUGAUUCCAUUGUCAAGAUGCAAAGCAUGCCUGGCACAAAAGCGCUAUGGCGCAUAUUAUAACGCUGCUGCACACCUUCGCCGCGCACACUUCCGACCUCAUCGAGUGGGUAAAGCUAGUGGUGACUGGCCAUCCAUGAGCAUUUUGAAGGACUGGAUGCGAGAAGUGCGCCAAUCGGUUGAUGUUCCAGAAGAACAUAUCUCCAGCGGUGAAGACGACUUGGAUGAGUAUCCAACACCCGCUGACUACAGAGAUCCGAUACCGCAACAAGUCCCCGCGAUUCCCGAUGCAUUACCAGCAGUUUCUGCCUUAGGUCCAUUACUUUCGUCGAGUUCUAUCGAGCCAUCAAUACCGAUCGAACGAGCAAGUCCGUCUCGAAGGCCUACUGAAAAUCGCACCAGGUGCCCUCAUCCGGAUUGUGGUCGUGAGUUUCGUGACCUGGCCUCUCACAUGCUUACACACCAAGAAGAGCGGCCUGAAAAAUGCCCUAUUGUAACAUGCGAAUACCACACGAAAGGAUUCGCGCGCAAGUACGACAAGAACCGCCACGCUCUUACUCAUUAUCGUGGAACGAUGGUGUGCCCAUUCUGUCCUGGUGUUGGCAGCCCCUUCGAAAAAGUCUUCACUCGUGCUGAUGUCUUCAAACGGCACCUAACUGCUGCCCAUCAAGUUGACCAGACAGGCCAUAGCAGCGGCCACCGGCUACCAGGGGGCGAUGAUCCUGUAGGCACGAAAGCAAGGUGCUCCAUAUGCAAGAACGGGUUUGGUACUGCGCAAGACUUCUAUGAACAUCUAGAUGACUGUGUGCUUGGCGUAAUUGUGCCAACUACAAAUACAUCAAGUCAGCCAACCCGGCUGCAAGGAUCUCCCCAAUAA